CCAUGAAGAUCAAGAUAACGCCAGUUUCCCUUUUGGUGCUGAUCCUUCUUGGUCGCUCCGUGUGCUGUCAAAGGCCUGCAGGCUGCAGUUGUAAAUGUCGGCGCGAUUUUCAGUUUCGAUUCUGUGAUUGGGAGAGUUGCCAAGGCGGCCAUGGAAGCCGCGGCCUCUGAUAUCAACGAGGAGCCGAGCGUUCUCAAUGGUACUAAAGUCCUUCGCCUUACAUGAAAAGAAAAAUUGUAAGCGAUAAGGAUAUAACAUAUAAAGUCCUUUGCUUUGUGAACUCAAUCUCAAUGGUACCGAGCUCAAUCUCAAUCUGAUCGUGGAGGAUGUACGUUGCAGCGUUUUCAUGGGGGCAAUUACAGUCCAGCCGCUUUCAUCUUCCAUCUCGGGAAUUGACAGCCCAAUUGCGGAAGCAAGGCCUAUUGGCUAUCAAGUGGGCUCGUUUGCUUAAUAGCUAUUUAACAGCGAGUCUUCACAUAUCUGGAUCCGGACUCAUUUCUCUUGGCUCCCCUGAAGAAUACGUGAAAGCACUUCGGCUAGGACCAAGCAGAGGAGUGGCAGCUAUUGUGGAUGAACUUCCAUAUGUAGAAUUAUUUCUGUCAAGGCAGACGAAUUAUGGUAUUGUCGGGCAGCCAUUCACAAAGAGUGGGAGGGGAGGGGAUUUGUAAGUAUUCUCGUUUAUAAUUAGAUUAAGCAGAUGCACACUUACAUGAUUUCUUUCGCACAAUUAACUAUCCAAAGCCGCUUUGUGGAGCAUUUACUUUAGUUUAUACGCCAUUCAUUCAUACAUUACAUCAACAAAUUGAUGUUCAUUGUUGAGGUUUUGUCCUCAUGUUUAGAAGGCGAAAAAGAACAGAUUUCAUGGCAUAUGCCAUUUUCAAGUGAUGAUAUGAUCAUUGACAGAAUUUCCACCCUAAAUGGCUUACUGUAAAUGCAACAUAACCGGGUUUUUCAGAAAGACUCUCCGCUAGCUGUUGACAUGUCCACGACGAUCCUCAAGCUUGCUGAGACCGGGAAACUUCAGGAGCUACACGAGAAAGUGGUUCUGCAAGCAUGGUUGUGCAUCGGAGAGGGGAAGAAGGCCUGAGCGCAAUGAGCUCAACUUGAGCAGGUUCCGGGCUCUUGCUGCCCUGCUAGUGUUUCUCAUCCGAACUGUUCGCCAGUGCAUGCGAUACAACAGGAAGCAGCCUCAAGGCCAUUUAGCAACAACCAAAAUCUUUUUAGGAGAUUAACCAUAGCUUGUACUUAAAAUUCUUACAACCUCAAGGCCAAGACAUAUCUGGCCAAAUCAUCAAUAGAAGAAAUCUUGGCAUCUUCUGCGAACAAAGAUUAGACUAGAGCAAGAAGCAUGACUUUGCAUCCUCAACUUCUAGAAUUUUACGGGGGAGUUCUCUAAUUCGUGAAGA